GGCAUAUUUUCAACAUGUAUAUGCUUCGACAUUCAAAGUGUUCAAACUUAUACUUAAAUUCUGUACUUACCCUCUUUUCACUUUGGGUCUUUCUCAGAAUUCAAUUCGGCUGCUAUCCAUAUGUAUUCAUACUUGUAAAUUUUCCAAGUUGCGACUUUAAUCAAACAAUUCCUAUGAGAUGGAAGUUGGCGAUAUGAAGACAGAUAUGUGAUACAUAUCAAGCAGAUCUUUACAUUUGAUUUCACAUGCUUUGUAUUUUUUAUUUUAAGUACAACAUGUACACAAGCAGAAUGGAUGAAUUGCAAUUAUAUGCUAUUUCAAGCUAUACUUAAAUGUAUAUUACUAUAUUUGUUUAUUUAUUAAGCUUUAAGGAUGUUAAUCAACGUUAAUCAAAGUGAUUAUGUCCCAUACAUAGCUUCAGAAGCUGGCAUUAGAUUGUCCAUUCAUGAACAUGGUUCGCAACCUUAUUUAGAAAAUAGUGGAAUCUCUGUAGCAACAGGGUUUAGAACGGACAUUUCCCUAAUUCAGAAAAGAAUAGAAAGGAUACCUGGUACAACAGUAUGUGAUCCACGUAACAAGUUCAAAAACAUCAAUGCUUGUUUUGAAGAAUGCAUUGACAUGAAUGUAAAGAAAAAGUGCAAGUGUCUGCUGACAUUUUCGCGAGCUAAUAAUACUAAAUUGUUUACCUGUUACACAGAUGAAGAGUUUGCCUGCAUAGAAAAUGUUCAUGAAAACGUGACGGGUUGCAAAUGCCAAAAUCCUUGCAGUGAAAAAAAACACGAAAUGACAAUUACUACCACUAGGUGGCCAGCUGAAAACUAUGAAGAAUUGCUGGAAGACAUUUUGCUUCACAAAGGAUUAUCAGUCUCCAAUAUAAGAAACAGUUUGAUGCAUAUAAGUAUUUUCUUUUCGUCCUUAUAUGAAGAAGUUACAGAAGAAGUACCUUCCUUCACGUUUGAGAACUUUCUUUCGAAUAUUGGAGGAUCUCUUGGAUUAUGGAUAGGAAUGUCCCUCAUAAGCAUCGGCGAAUUGCUUGAAUUGUGUUUCUUUCUUCUGAAUAAUAUGGUGAGACGUAAGAAAGUUAUCGAGACGCAAACCAAUGUCAACGUAAAUAAGAAUGUAGAACCAUCUAACGAAAGUAGAAAUCAAUUUGUUGAUAUUAAUAUGGACCAUAUUGAAGAAGGAGACGGUUAUAAAUAAAGAACUGUUCUUUUGCUUACUAUAAAAAACCAGCAACUUAAAUUUCUUAUAUCAUGUAUAUUGUACCCAAUUAUGAAUAUGAAAUCCUUACUUGCCAAAUGUGAGGAUUUUUCUUUUAAUUUUCGAAAAUAGUUUUUAGUGUUCAAAAACCAGGAGGUCUAAGUUUGAAUGCAAUGUUUAAUAUUGAUUUUAUUUUAUUUGUAACUUGCAGACAUUAAUAUGCUUAUACUGUAAUUUUAGAAAGUAUUGCAAUGUGUUUAUUCAUGCAAAAAAAAA